CAAAAUGGCGUCCGCACUGUCAGAUGACGAAUUUCAUCGGAUGCAGUUGCAGUUAAUUGAGUUACGGACAGAGAAAUAUGAACUGGAAUCACAGAACAAGAAGUUUGAAAGAGAGUGCCAGACUCUGAGAGAGACAGCUGAACAUGCUGACAAAGAACUUCAGAAAGCCCUCAAGGCUAUCAAUAAAAGUAAAAAGGCCAAGGAGGUUGAAGGAUUGCUGGCUGAGAAUGACAGUCUACAGUUUAAACUGCACAGUCAGGAGGAGGACUUCCGAGUACAGAACCAGACCCUGCUUCAGGAGCUCAAUAAGUUGUGUACAUCAAAUGAGGACUUAGAAAAACAAAUAUCAGAGAUAAAGGAGGCAGGAUGCGGAGGGACGGGACCCAGUCCUGAAACAGGCCAGCUAGAAGAUGAGAUACGCCGUCUCCAGGCACAGAAUGCUGCACUCCAGAAGAAUAUUGCGGGUCUACAGUCAAAGGCUUCAACUCCGGAACAGGAUGUUGUAGAUGGCAGCACUAUGUCUGAACCUCCUGUAGAACAACUAGAUACACAAGGUGCUGACACAAGUGAAACUUUUCAAAAGAGAAUUGAAGAGCUGCAGUUAAACCUUGACACGGAAGCAGAGGAGAAGAGAAUUCUAAAAGAUGAACUGUCAGAGAAGGAGGAGAAACAUUCCAAGGACUUGAGGACUCUGCAGGAAGAGGCAGAGAGAGUCGCUGAAAAACUGAAAAAGAAGCAAGAAAGUUACUUACAGUUGCAGAUAGAAAAAGAGAAGUCUUUCAAAGAACAGAGUGCCAAACUAGAGGAGCUACAAGCCAGUAAAGACAGGGACCAAAAAUACUACUCCGACCAAAUAGCCAAACUACAACAGGAAAAUGCCAAAUAUCAGAAGUUACAAGAAGACAGCCGGAGCAGUGCCGACAAGACAAUAAAACAGCUGCAGAAUAAAAUGGCUCAAAUGCAGCAACAGAUUGAUGCUGCUGACAUAGUAGGAAGCCAGCAACUUGCAGAACGAAGUCGGAGUCUAGAAGCCCACAUCGGGGAACUCAAGGGACAGGUGCUCAAACUCACCCAGGUCAAGGAUGAUCUCAUUACUCAGCUUGAGGAGAGUAAACGUGCUACCGGGGAGACAUCAGAAUGUCUGCUUGCUGCCCAGCAGGAGAGGGAUCAGCACGUACGGGCUGCCCAGGAUGCAAACAAGUUGGCAGAGAGGCGGAAGGCGAACCUGGAUGAGCUGGCUAUACAGUAUCAGAAAGACGGAGACAAACAUCGGGAACAACUGCUGGCGCAGGAAAACCAGUACGAGAGUCAGGUGUCCGCACUGCAAGCCAGGCUGGAAACUGAGCGGGGUAAGGUUGGUGAACUGGAGAAGCUACGACCCGUGGUGGACGAGCAGAACACCAGGAUUGCCUCCCUUGAAGAGAAAAAUGGCUGGCUGGAGCGGAGACUCAAAGAGACCGAGGGGUCUCUGGACCAGACCCUGGAUGAGAACGAGGCCAAACUUCUCGACGUCACCGCACAGCAUGAGGAGGAAGUGGCCGACCUCAAGUCUCAACAUUCCACUGAGCUAGAACAAACCACAUGCAGCUUUCAAGAACAAAUACAGACAUUAAAGGAAACAGAGGAAUCUCAGAUGAAGAAAAUAGAUACUUUAGAAAAGGAAGUCAAGAGGUUGAAACAGGAACUUAAAGAUGGAGUGAACGAGAAAAAGGUUCAUGAAAAGAAAGGCCAGUCAAUGUUAAAGGACCUGAAAAAGCAACUACACGCUGAGAGGAAGCGCGGCGAGAAGCUGCAGGAACGUCUACAGGAAGUCCUCUCCAACGGCUCACACAACAAAAGUAUAGAGGAUUUAUUGCGUUCACCUGAUACCCUGAGCGACUCUUGGAGAGAGGACCAGAGUUCAAUAUCUUCAUGGAGUGGUGGGGGAACCCUAGCUUCCUAUACCAACCAUAGUGCAUUGGGCACGUCCCCACCAAAAUCCACCUCUAGCCGGAUGUCCCCUGGUAGUGAGGUGCCCCAGGGUGGUGCUGGGCCAGGCUCCGGGGACGUGACCUUGAUGGAGGGGGAGGGGAAGGACCUGCUGGCACGCCUCGCUGAAGUCCAGCAGGAGAAAUGGAACAUGGAGGAAAAGGUUCGGCAUUUAGAGACCAGCACUGCAGCUAUGGCUAAUGACUUGUUAGAGAAAUCCAAAAUUAUUGAGCACUAUGUGAUGGAAAAAAGAACAGACACGAAGCACUUAGUGCCGGAGGAGAAGAUCUCAUUUAAGAAGAUGCUGGACAUUGUUAAGUCUGAUGACCAGGGCCUGCGUGACAUGAACAAGAAACUACAGAACAUGUUAGAGGAGACACUCACCAAAAACAUGCACCUACAGAAUGAUUUGGAGAUGAUGUCUCAGGAGAUAGUUCGACUAAGCAAGCUGCCCCACCAAGCUUUAUUUCAAACCAGCCGCGAACCACCCCCUUCACAGGCAAACACAGACAGUCUUUCGUCAACACAAACACAGACAGACAGUAUUUCAACUACAUGUACACAGUCUGACAGUCUUUCAUUGGCCACAAAGUGUUCAUCCAAUGGUGCAGUCUCCUGAUAAUUUGUGUAUCAUAUUAGGUUUAAUCAAUUUCUUGUUUUGGUACAUUCUCUAUUAUCUUAUGUUCAAGCCAGCUUGUUGUACAAGGCUUUUUAUAAAUGGUUAUGGGCACAGUAUAUUCAUAAAAUGACAAAGUUUAUGUAUGAACUGUAUGUAAUUCUUGUGAAGCAUAUUAUUAUAAAUUGUAUAGGCAGGGUUCGUUGUCCAUACCUUUGAAGGAGUGUGAGUCCCAAAAAUGAAUUAUAAAGAAAUAUAUUUCCAACCUUUUUAUGUUUAAUUACUAGUAGUUUAACUAAAAUAAAUCAAAUCUAUGUACUAUUUUAGCAAGGGUAAUGGAGUUUCCCAAUUCGAGUGAAUAACAACUAUGUUCUAUGGGACUCUCAUGCAAAAACAUGAAAGAGCUAGCUAAUUAUUUGUCGAUCUCUCACCCAAGAGGUUGAUGGUUCGGUCAUCAUAGGGGAACUUUCUCAUGGACUCUUAAAAUGGACAUCUGUUAUGGUUUCUACCCAGGCAACGGACCCAAGAGUAAUUCAUAUCAACUUUCAUCAUAAUCAAGCUCAAAGAAAUUAUGUCAACUAUAAAGAUAGCUACUCAAAACAGGUCUUGUUAAGGCUUAAAUUACUGCCUACUAAUUGGACAUUAGGGUGGUGCAAUAUAAUUUAUAAAUUGGUGAUAACACAAGAAUGAGGUGUUUAUAUUUCGGUUUUAUUAUUACAAUGCAUGGAUAACAAACAGAUCUGUUCAGUGUUGUGGGAGUAAGAUGAGAUUAUUUUUGCAUCACUUGCUGAAAUAAGUGCCAUGAUGAAACAAUAUAGAAAAUAAUUUAUUGGAACAUUAUGUUAUAUUAUUAUGACAGUUUUAUAGCACAUACAUCUGUUGAAUUGUAAAUAUUACCUGGUGCUGUCUAUGUUAAACAGUGUGAUCAACAUUCCAUGAAUAGGAUUUCCUCAUAGCUAAAAUAUUCCUGAUUAUUUGUGUUCAGCUCAAUGCUUUUUAUGUACAAUACAAUUAUUUAUUUUACUAUAGGGGUAUUUCUAUUAAUUAUUAAGAUAACCAUUUUUUUAUCAGAAUGUAAAUGGAGCAUGAUGAUCAGACUUCUAGCCAUUUUUUUUAUCAGAAUGUAAAUGGAGCAUGAUGAUCAGGCUUUCAGAAGUUACUGCAUGGAUUAGUAAAUAAAUUUGAUAAGUACUUUUAUAUGUCUGACUGAAAGAUGUAAAGUCUUAUUUUACAUGUAUCCUUCUUCAAAGCAAAUAUUUGUCAAAUACUGGUGUAACCAACUAAUUUUCAAAGACUAGGUCAACAUUUCUAUUCUUAAUUUUAAAGCUGCACUCUCACAGAUUUACCAUUUUUACAACUUUUUUUUAUUUUACUCUUAUCUUAUAUCCAGAUGUUAGUGAAAAUACACACAGCAGACAAAUAUACUAAAUUAAUUACCUCUUUUUAAUGAAAAUCGGCCCUUUUUCUUUUUUGUGUGAUUUGUUUGUUUUCAUUUCUAAUUAACAAAAUGUUUUCUGUUAUGUUUGAAUACACAUGUAUUGCGUUUAUUUAUGUUCACUUGUUAUUGUUUACCCAUCCUAGAUGACAUUCAAAGCAUUAAAAUGUUGAAAUUGUAUGGUAUGUAUAUUUUAUUUUGAAAACAUAGGUAUCUAUUUUAUUGUUGAUAACUCAUUUUGAAACUUAAAAUGAAUAAAUAAUACCAACUCUU